GCUCCUAAUCUUGGUUCAAUCCUCCGUGCCAAAUACAGCUCAGAGCUCGCAUUUCAGGGAGUAAAGGAGCCUCAGAGGCCAGUAGAUCCUCAAUCGCGGCUCGCAAGUCAAGACGCAGGCGGGUUGGAGUACGAGGCUGCCCGAUUUCGGUAUCCCUUGUCGCGUCACAGUCACCCCCAAUCACCAUGCCUGUCUGACCGACUGGAGCAUCUGGAACAUCGCACCCUCGUCCCAACUAUUUAGAGUAACACGGCAGCUUCUCUGAUACCUGUGUGGAAACGGUCAGAAAAUCAAUCACGAUGGCGGACUCAGGCAACAUAAAGGUCGUCGUGCGAUGCCGGCCGCUCAACUCCAGAGAAAGGAACCGCGGGGCAUCGCAUCUGGUUGAUGUCGUCGACUCCCACCAACUCGUGCUCAACCCUCCAAAUGAGACCGACACUCGCGAGAAUGCAAAAGCAACCAAGAAGAAGCCUAUGCCUUUCUCUUUUGACCGGUCAUUUGACGAGAACACGGAGCAGCAUGAAGUCUUUGACUAUGUCGGCAUCGAGCUUCUCGAACACGCUUUCAAUGGGUUCAACACCUGCGUCUUUGCCUAUGGCCAGACCGGGUCAGGCAAGUCGCACUCCAUGGUCGGCUACGCAGAGCAGAAAGGGCUCAUCCCUCUCACAUGUCAGAGACUGUUCGACGACAUUACUUCCAAGACAGCACAGGAUCCUCAUCUCAAGUUCUCUGUCGAGGUAUCGUACAUCGAGAUCUACAACGAGAAAGUGCGAGAUCUGCUCAAUCCCAAGAACAAGGGCAAUCUGAAGGUCCGUGAACAUCCGAGUUUGGGACCAUAUGUGGAGGAUUUGAGCAAGCUCGUCGUCUCCAGUUUUGGGGGGAUCGAGAGCUUGAUGGACGAAGGCAACAAGGCUCGUACUGUUGCUGCAACCAACAUGAAUGAAACGUCUUCCCGCUCGCAUGCUGUCAUCACACUUGUGCUCACACAGAAAAGGUUCGAUCCGGACACGAAGCUGGAAGCCGAAAAGGUGUCUCGUAUCAGUCUCGUCGAUCUUGCUGGAUCAGAGCGUGCCAAUUCUACCGGUGCUACCGGUGCACGCCUUAAAGAAGGUGCCAAUAUCAACAAGUCAUUGACAACGCUUGGUAAAGUUAUCGCAGCCCUCGCAACAGCAAGCAUGGAUCCUCCAAAAGGAGCUCCAAAGAAGAAGGCAGCUGCGCUGGACAAUUUCGUCCCUUAUCGUGACUCAGUCCUAACCUGGCUUCUAAAGGAUAGUCUCGGAGGAAACUCUAAGACCGCAAUGAUUGCCGCUAUCUCGCCGGCAGACUAUGAAGAGACUCUUAGUACGCUUAGAUAUGCAGACCAAGCCAAGAAGAUCAAGAACAAGGCUGUCGUCAACGAGGAUCCGAAUGCGAGACUCAUCCGGGAACUCAAAGAGGAACUAGAGAUGCUUCGAAGUCGGGUCUCUGUCGGAGGUGGUGGAGACGAGAGCUCUUGGGAUCCAAAUGUGCCGCCAGAAAAACAAGUGGUCCGCUAUCAGACAAAGUCAGGAGAGAUUAGAACUGUCACUAAGGCAGAGCUGCAGGAGCAGAUGGAGCAAAGCGAGAAGCUCAUGAGCAGUCUCAACGAGAGUUGGGAAGAGAAACUGCUGAAGACACAGGAGAUUCAGAAGGAGCGCGAGCAAGCAUUAGAGGAGCUCGGCAUCUCUGUCGACAAGGGCAAUGUUGGCGUACACACGCCCAAAACACUCCCGCAUCUGGUCAAUCUCAAUGAGGACCCGCUAAUGAGCGAGUGCUUGAUUUACCAGAUCAAGGCUGGGAAGACGUUGGUUGGUAAUCUGGACACGAACAGCGAUGCGCAGAUCCGUCUAAGCGGGGCCAAGAUCUUGCCGGAGCACUGCAUCUUCGAGAACGAAGAGGGCAAGGUCAGCAUUCGCGCCAUGCCGAACAGCAUGACGAUGGUCAAUGGAAAGCGCGUCUCGUCGGAUGAGCCCAGGCGCCUUCGGUCCGGCUACAGAGUCAUUCUGGGUGACUUUCACGUGUUUCGCUUCAAUCACCCAGAGGAGGUCAGAAGAGCUCGAGAUAAGGUCAAAUCAGCGCUGGCCGUUUCCACUGGGGAGGAAUCCAGCCAAACGCUCAUAUCCCGCCCGGACUCACCUGCUUCGGAUCAGGACAAUACCGAUGUCGAUUGGACGUACGCUCGGAGAGAAGCUGUUAUGGCCAAGCUCAAAGGAGAAAAUGUCGACUUUGAAAAGCUCAAUGAAGAGGAGUUGGAAAAGCUCUUUGAAGACGUUCAGCGGGCACGCUUCAGCAAGCGAGGCGGCCGGCCAGAGAGUCGGAUGAGCUUCGUCGACGAUGCGAUGAGCGAAAGUGCCAGCUCUAACACGCGGCCUGGCUACCAGUAUAGCGUCUUCACUGAUGACACAUCGGUGGACCAGUGGGCAAGCGAGUGGGACAACGUUCCUUCGAACGGAUUGCCACCAAACCUCGCGCCGAGGUCACCUGGUGAGAUCGGCACCCCUUCGUCAGUCGAACUCGCGAAAGAGACGGAGAUUCUGAAGAUCAAAGUCAAGGAGUACGAGGAGAAGCUGGCCAAGCAGACUCGACAGCAAGCCAAAAUCAAAUUUGGAGAUGGCAACAUCGAGUACACUGAAGCAGAGAAACAGCUUCUCAAGAAUGCGCUGGGUAAAUGGCGUAACCACAAGAUCGUUCAUAUGGCCGAAGCUAUCCUUGCGCAUUCCGCCCUUGUAAAGGAGGCAAAUGUCAUCAGCAAAGAGCUUGGAAAGAACACCGUCUAUCAGGUCACUGUCGUCGACGAUGAACCUUUGUCUUCGCUCUCUACCGGGGAAGUCAUCGCUGGCUUGGAUGACUUUGACGAUGUCUCGGACCCAGCGCUGGCUUCCAGUCCCAAACCUUGUGUCGCAGUCAAGGUCCUCGACUUUGCACACUCGACCGCCUACACUUGGUCGAUCGCAAAGCUGGAAGACAGGCUUCAGAAGAUGCGUAACCUCUACAUGUUCCUUGACAGGCCAGAAUACUCGCGGCAUUUCAACUGGGCGGAUCCGUUCUACGAGGCGGUGCCUCCUGGUUUCAUCUUCAUCGGUCAAGCCCUCGUUCCUCUCGCACCCCUUGCUCGGCGCGUGACAUCUUCGUACCGAAUACCGCUCCUAAAUCAGCACUUUCACGAAUUCAAAGGCACGUGCUCUGUUCAGCUCAAGUUCAUCAGCAUCUCAGCCAAUUCGAAGCAAGCCAAGAAUGGAGCGUCUUCGCCACCAUCCGACUCGUCCAUCGCUGAUGCGUCCGACCUCGACCUGCCGUUGGGGCACAAACUUGGUCUGUCCGCCACCGUCGACGCUCUUGAGGGUCUCAAUUCUCGAUACUUUGAAUCAGUGCAUCUUCAGAUCCGGCAAAAGAGCUUUACUGGAGACGCGGAUCCCGGAAGCGAGGUGUACGCUGCCGUCCCCACGGAAAUUCGCGGAGACGCUUCAUGGAGGGACGUGCGACUGCGCAAGACCUUCACCAUCUCCAUCUCGGCGGCAGCGCGUGAGCACUUGCGUGCCGGGUUCGCUGCCGUAGAGUUGCAUGCAAAGGUCACUCCUGCGUAUCUUCGCGACGUCGAGCGCCACGAUGCCCGCACAAGUCGCUCUCCAUCCACAAUCACUGGUCAAAUCGACAAGACGAGGAACGGACAUUCUGACAUUGUGCAGCAAAGUCGGCGGCCCGAGGCGGAGAUGCGUCAUGAAGAGCGACACGAUGUGCUCGCAAAAGUUCAGAUCUGCGAACUGGGCCAUUCGGGCGAAUACGAACCUGUGGCCGUCAGGUGUUCCUCCUCGCUCGAUCCAGGCGCUUUUUUCCUGCGACAGGGAUCCCAACGUCGCAUCCAGAUUAAGCUACGAUCGGAUAGUGGAAAGCAAUUUCCGUGGAGCCAAGUUCGGCAACUGUCGGUCGGCAACGUGCGGUUACUAGACUCAAAGGGGCGCUUGCAUGCUUCGAAUGCGGAAGAGCUGAAACCCUUGACGACGACGGCAAAACAGCAAGGCAUCAUUUUCAAAGAAGACGGCACCGGAGAGCUCACUCUUUGGGCUUGGUGGGAUUCUGGCAUGCACGAUACUCUCUUCCUGACGCGAGUCAGCCCAGCUGGCCAAAGAACUUUGUUGCAGCUCUCAAUGAAAGUUGAUGUUGACACUUGUUUAGAGUCGGUUCAAUUCGACAUGGACAUCGCGGUGACAAUCAAUGCCCGAGACGCAAAGCCUCCCGGGCGGUUCGCGAGCUUUAUUGAGGCAGCAGCCACUGGGGCGCGCUCGACGGUCGCCUGCACAGCUAUCUUCUCCAUCAAACUACGGCCGCUUCUCACGAAGCACUCCAAGGAGAUCUGGCGAGUCGACACCUCUGACAAGUACGUUCGGGGGCAAGAAGCGCUCAGGCACUGGCGACCCCGCAGUCUCUCGCUUUUGCGAGACUAUGCUGCGACCACCAGGAAACAACACCUUCGUGCCGAAGUGGACGCAGUACGCAGCAUGCUCAUCGCACACCCUCCACUUUCGCUUUCAGACGGCUUUGCGGCCAGCUCAGAGCAGCAAGAGGCUGUGCAAAUGCAUGUGGCACAGCAAGUUGUAAACUAUUGGAAGACCAGGGUACGCAACACGAAAUUACCUUUCGCUGCGGAGUCCAGCGGAGAUGCGGCGCCUGGCGACCCGGAAAUCUCUCCACCAGCGGGGGGGAAGCCGCCUGUACCCGGGCCUCCAUCAGAUAAAGGGAAAAAACUCACCGCCACUGUUCAAUUGGUGCCACGCACCGACAUGUCAGCAAGAAGAGGGUGGCUGUUCAUCGUAAGCAAUCCGAUGAAUCCAGACCUAUGGGUCAAACAGUGGUGUGUCCUCAAGAGGCCGUAUCUAUUCAUUUAUGACGAUGCGAAUGAGACGGAAGAAACCCAGGUCAUGAAUCUCACCUCGAUCCGCGUCGAGCACAGCACUGACGUGGAAAGGAUGCUAGAGCGGCAAAAUGUGUUUUGCCUCUACACUGCAGCCAAUUCCUGGUUCCUGCAAGCAUCGACAAGCACCGACUUGGAGCAAUGGAUACACGCUCUCGACACAUUUGCAGGUGUUCGCUAAUGUGGCAAACACGUGAUACCCAACAUACGAAUACCAGCGCGAGGCACAACAUAUAUAGAUGGCAGCUACACUAGGUGUCCACAAUUGUGAUGUAACUUUAGACUACGUGAGCAACCAGCUUGCAUUAGCAUACCACGUCAAC